AACGUUCUGUAACCUACAGCAUGGCGGGGUGAUUUUGCAGACGCACCACGGUCAACUAGCGGCCACUGGAAGCCAAAGUGGGCUCCAUUUGCACAAUUUAAUUCAACGCCUUCUCUCAGUUUUGUCUUUAACGUCGAGGUUUGGUUUUUACAGCGAAUAUGGGGGUCCCGAAGUUUUAUCGAUGGAUUUCAGAGCGUUAUCCUUGCCUCAGUGAAGUUGUCAAGGAGCAUCAGAUCCCAGAAUUUGACAAUCUCUAUCUGGACAUGAAUGGGAUCAUCCAUCAGUGUUCUCAUCCAAAUGAUGAAGACGUUCACUUCCGCAUUUCUGAAGAGAAGAUUUUUGCAGACAUUUUCCAUUACUUGGAGGUGCUUUUUAGAAUCAUCAAGCCACGCAAGGUCUUCUUCAUGGCAGUAGAUGGUGUGGCACCAAGGGCAAAGAUGAACCAGCAGAGAGGACGGAGAUUUCGGUCUGCAAAAGAAGCAGACGAGAAAAUUAAAAAAGCUCUGGAUAAAGGAGAGGUGUUGCCCACAGAACCUCGUUUUGACUCAAACUGCAUCACCCCAGGCACAGAGUUCAUGGUGAGACUCCAAGAGCAGCUCAAGUAUUUUGUCCACAACAAGCUGUCAACUGACAAACUUUGGCAGAAUGUCAAAAUCUAUUUGUCAGGUCAUGAGACUCCUGGGGAGGGCGAGCAUAAAAUCAUGGAAUUCAUACGUUCAGAGACUGCAAAGCCACUUCAUGACCCCAACACCCGCCACUGCUUAUAUGGCCUGGAUGCCGACCUGAUCAUGUUGGGUUUGACCAGCCAUGAGCCAAAUUUCUCCCUGCUCAGAGAAGAGGUCCGCUUUGGAGGAAAGAAAUCCCAGAAAAGGAUAACUGCCCCUGAGGAGACAACGUUCCAUUUGCUUCACUUGUCUCUUAUGAGGGAAUACAUUAACUAUGAGUUCUCUGAGGUUCAGCAUCAGUUGGGCUCCGAUUAUGACUUGGAGAAGAUAAUAGAUGACUGGAUUCUGAUGAGCUUCCUCGUGGGGAACGACUUCAUCCCCCACCUUCCUCAUCUUCAUAUUAAUGACGAUGCGCUGCCGUUGUUGCAUAAGACUUACAUCAGUGUGCUACCCGGCCUUGAUGGUUAUCUGAAUGAGAAGGGCCACCUUAACCUUGGAAACUUUGAGAAAUACAUGGAGAAACUAUCUGAGUUUGAUCGAAAACAUUUCAGUGAGGUGUUUGUGGACUUGAAGUGGUUUGAGAGCAAAGUUGGUAACAAGUACCUGAACGAGGCGGCGGGCCAAGCAGCGGAGAUGGAAGCUGCCAGUAAACACACCCACAAGGAAGAGGAUUUUUCUCUCUCUCUGGCGGAAUCCACGUCCUCUGAUCGAGCGAUAGACGGCGCGCAAGUGCCUCCUGUCGAGGAGGAUGACGAGGACGAUGAUAUGUUUGAAACGGAGUUCAGACAGUACAAGCGCACAUACUAUAUGACCAAGAUGGGGGUGGACGUCGUGUCUGAUGCUUUUCUAUCCAAGCAGGCCAAAUGUUAUGUUGAAGCCAUCCAGUGGAUUCUCCACUACUAUUACCAUGGGGUAAAAUCCUGGAGCUGGUUUUACCCUUACCACUAUGCGCCGUUCCUGUCCGACAUCAGAAAUAUUUCAGAAUUGAAGUUGACCUUUGAACUCGGGGAACCCUUCAUGCCCUUCCAGCAACUCUUGGCAGUCUUGCCCGCUGCCAGCAUGGAGCUGUUGCCUGAAUGUUACAGGCACCUGAUGACCAGUGACACAUCGCCCAUUAUUGAGUAUUACCCGACAGACUUCAAAACAGACCUCAACGGCAAACAGCAGGAGUGGGAGGCCGUCGUGCUCAUUCCUUUCAUCGAUGAGAGGUGUUUGUUAGCAGCCAUGGAGACCUGCAAUUCCAAGUUGACCAAAGAAGAGAAAGACAGGAAUCAUCAUUCAGAAUGCGCUCUCUAUACGUACGAGCGGGAGAAAGACUUCACGUACCUCUCCACUCUUCCUGAGCUCUUCCCAAACAUUAUCCACUGCCAUGUCAGGAAAGAGAACAUACCUUUGGACGCUUGGCAAGUUCCACUGAGCCACAUUGGCAGGAGUGUGGAUCGCUCUGCGCUGUAUUUUUGUGGCUUCCCCACGCUACAUCAAAUAAAACACAAGUUCAACAUGAAGAAGAGUGGGGUGCUUGUAUUCCAGCAAAGUAGCAGAGGUGACAAUAUGAUUCUGGAGAUCCUCCCCACUCGGGAAAAAGAAUUGCUUUGUGAUGACGUUGCUGAACAAGUACUGGGGAAGUCGGUGUUUGUCAACUGGCCACAUCUCGAGGAAGCGCGCAUCAUUGCCGUGUCAGAUGGAGACACCAGGUUUUCUCUCGAAGAACCACCAGGGGUCCAACAAGUCUACCGCAGGCAUUCCACCCCUCCUCCUACCAGAGUCACUUAUGUCUCAGACAAGGAGCGGAGGGACUGGGUGAAAGACAUCCAAGGAAUAACAGAACACUACCUGAAGAGGAAAGGCAUCGUAGUCAAUCAAACAACGGUGCUUCUAUAUGGACAGCUGCUGACGGGAAGAAAAUACAUCCCCAAAUCGAACGGCAUGGUGGAGUUGGAGAAACAGUGGGCUAAGCAGGUCCUUCCUUUUGCCUUCCAGACGGUGGUCCAGGACAUCGAGGCCUUUUAUUCAUCUGUGACCUGCUUUAAGACCUUCGAAGACCUCUAUCCUCCACUCAGUACCGUUUUCAUGGUGGGAAACCCCUACUAUGGUGCCAUGGGCGAGGUGCAAGAUUCGAGCGACGUCAUCAAAGACGGGCGUGUGCGUGUGGUCUUCAACGUGCCACAUGAGCCCCAACUAGAGCUUUUAAUCCAGAACCAGCAUAAGUACUGCGUGAAGUACAGCCCCGGCUACGUUGUGGCAUCCCGUCUUGGAAUCAGCAGCUACCUUGUGUCCCGCUUUUCCGGAAGCAUCUUCAUUGGCAGAGGAUCGAAAAAGAAUCCCUGCGGAGAGCACAAAGCGAAUGUCGGCUUGAACCUGAAGUUCAACAAGAAGAACGAGGAGGUCCCCGGAUACACCAAGAGAACCGAGAAGGAAUGGCUUUAUUCCGCCGCCGUGGAGGAGCUUUUAGCCGAAUACCUGGAUAGAUUCGCGGAGGUGUUUGACACGGUUUCAAGAAACAGUCACGACGAUGUGUUCUACGAAGACGACAUCUGGCCCGGAGAAGACAACGGAGCAGAGAAAGUGUCUGAAAUCACGACGUGGCUGAAAAGUCACCCUGUCAGCUCCAUCAGCAGGGCGUCAUGUGACUUGCAAGUGCUGGACGUCGCAAUCGUGGAGAAAAUUGAGGAGGCUGUGGAGAAAGCAAAGGUGAAGAACAGCAAGAAAGUUCGCGACACCGUCAAGGCGCAUCUCCUGUUUCGGCCUUUGGAGCAGCAACAGGGGGUGGUCCCGGAUCCCUUGGCCGACUAUCGCCUCUUCGACCGUGUCGUCAACGUCCGAGAGAGCUUCACGGUGCCGUUGGGUCUCCGAGGCACCGUGAUUGGCAUGAAAGGAGCUGAGCGUGAGGACGAGGUUCUCUACGAGGUGCUGUUUGACGAAGACUUUCCGGGAGGACUUAAUAUCAGGUGUGCAUCGCCCCGUUGCUACCGCCUUCCUCCCUGCGCGCUAAUGAACCUGUCUCACGGCGCCCGAACGGAUCCCACGUCCCACAAACUCACCGCCGUCGUCAAACCUCAGCCCGCCGGCGGCUGCAACUCGUACCCUCUGGCGGCCAGCCUCAACCACUCCCCGCGUUCGCCCUUUAUCUCCGCGCAACAUAACGACAAACACGGUGAGGGGAAAUCAGCCUACCGAUGCGGCAAAAACUCGAGCUCGAAGGCUCCUCUCCAGAAGCAGCCGGACAAGAGUAAAGAGGCGUACAUGAACGUAUGGCAGUCUUUGCAAGACUCCGCCCCUUCCCAUCAACCUCCCGCUCAGUGGCAAAAGAAUGCCUCUGUUGGUCUCAUUAGAUUGUUGAAGAAAAACGAAGACGCCAAUUCUCUUUUACCACAGCAAAGCACUGGCCACAAGACGUCAACAGAGUUUGAGGACCUGAUAGCCAGCCUUAAGAUCUCCAAGGACAAGCAAGAGACCGCUGAAAAUCUUCCCCCGGCGCCUUCCCAAACCUCCGCCAGCCAAUCUGACGGUCCUCUGUCACCGCAGUCCUUCGCCAUGAAGGGCACCAUGGUGCUGAAGGAGAUGCUGAAGAUUGACGGCGCUGGAGGAGGAAGCCCCGCCCCUCCGGAGACCGCCCAUGACCGCAAGCAAAACAAGAGGAGAAAGUCCCAAAAAUUAGCGGCGCAAAUGACGGUUGCCCAUGGAGAGAGAGCGCCGUCGUCUUCUCCCGUGCCGCUCAACCAGUCCAGCAAGGUGGCCGAGCUGGCGUGCGUCUGCGCCGCCUUAGGCGUGGCGCCACCCGAGUUCAGCUUUCUCCUUAACAGACAGGGUGCCGUCGUGUGUCAGGUGAAGCUGUCCAACGGUUUGACCGUUCACGGGCCUCGGUGUCACUCGGAAAACGACGCCAAGGAGAAAGCCGCCUUCUUUGCCUUGCAACGACUGAAAUCCCUGGGAUCAAGUUUCCCCGUUCAACCCCCCCUGUUCCACGGAGCGGCACGUUUGCAGUCCCCGCCCAUGAGAGCCAUGCCUCCCAUCUACAACCAGUCAGGCACUUUGCUGAUGCCACCGCGAGGUUAUGCUCCUGCUGGCCCUAUCUGGGGAAUGCCUCUGCCCCCCCACCACCAGCCUUUCCCCCACCAGAACCCACCAUUCUAUGGACCUGCGGGAACAGUCCCUGGUGCUGCCAAGCAACAGCCGGUCCCAACUCUGCCCGUCGGAUCCCAUCACCAGUUCAUCCCAUUACAGGUGACGAAAAAGCGAAUGUCGGCCAACAAGAAGCCCCACGAGACCAGAGAGUUUUACUCGGCGGGCCAAAGCCUGACCAGGAACCCAACCACCCAGAGAGGCCAGGACACACCUCCAGGCCAGUCUCGAUGCCUCAGGGACGACAACGCUCCUCCAUCCGCGUCGGUUUCCUCGACAACGCCCCCUCGGCAAAAUAGGCCAUCCGCGGGCCACGCCCGUGGGUCCGCCUCCAAAAGGAAGCACAGGAAGCUGGCUGUGAACUUUCAGGCAGCUCAGCUGUCAGAGCAGUGAGCUUGCUCUGUUAGUCCGUUGACUGAUUGAUCUUCCAAUCACGCCCUUGUGAAUUUCAGAGUCAGAUUUUUAGCAUAAAAAAACUGGUCACUCUGGAUUUUUGCUUACGUAGACACAAAUUUCAAGACGGCAGCAAUGGCAACACGCUCACACAAACGGCGGCCUAAAGUUUGAAGCGUGAGCCAUCGCCUUAACUAUGCAUUCUGCACCAGCGCCCGUCCGACAAACUGACGUCUACGACGCAAUCCGUGUACGAAUAGAGACGGAGAGAAGCGGAACAGUGGCUGGAGUUGUGUUGUCCUGCGUUGUGCCAGUGAGGAGUGAUGGCAGCUUACGCUUUGCUCGCGUUCGAUUUUUGGCUCCUAAUUCGCUUUUUACUAUUUAAAGACCGGUGUGUAUAAAGAACGCACCAUUUUAGAAUGGAGUGUUGAUGCAUUGAGAAAUAUAGCUCCAUUCGAACGAUUGAUUUGCUUUUGUGACUGUGUUUUUAUCAUUUUUAGGAUUUGGCCGUAAACCCAAAAGUAAAACUUGGUAGCGUAACUCAUGGAAUUCUAUUGUCACUACAAGAUUCAAAGGUCACUCGUGAGGCUUUUUACAAUUGGAAACUCAUUUUAAUAAGGCUAAGUGUGUGUGUGUUAGAUGUGUGUUUGAUUUAAAAAAAGACAUCUACAUACAGUACUUAUUCUUACUGUGUCAGCGCAAUGGAGCUGAUGUUGUACAGAUGAAGAAAAAAGCUUUACAGUCCCCAUGACUUCAUUUUUAGGUGUCUGCGUUUUUUUAAUGGUAAGAUUGAAGUGAAAUUGAGCAUACGGACGCUUGUGAUCUGUUGUUUAUCUCUCCUUGCCUGCAUUUACUUUUUUUUUUUUUUUUUUUUUUUUUUGCUGCGCUGUUUCUCGGGAAAAUAUCGAGUCAUUUGCCCAACCCCGAUUUGAUCUGUCUUUGGUGCAAAAGGUCUAGAUCAAAUAAAAAGGGAGAAACUCGUCAUUUGGUAAAUGUUUGGUAUUAGACAAACCUCUAUUAGAAGCUUAAAUUAAUAUUUGUGUGCGACUUUGGCUACUUCGGUUGGACAUUGGGACGAUACUUGUACUGCCGAAUCCUAUGUACUAAGAUCUGAUGAAAUUAAAAUACUGUUCACUAGAAA